UGUUCCAGGAAAUGUUCUUCACUGCUCCCUCACAUCUGGCUGCUACUGCUGCUCAACACACACCCGGACAGGCAGGCUGCUGUACAAGUUCAUAAUAAUCCAUUUAUCAAAUCUUUACAUUAGUAGAGAGUGUUUUUGGUAAGCAAGGAGGGCGUGGUUGGCAGCAGAAAGCCUUCCAGUUUGCUCAUUUUGCUCGGUGGGAAUUAAAACAACCAGAUUGUUCCUGUCCUUGGGAUCUCUCUCUUGGCGACAUGUCCAGGUCAGACUACCCUCCAGGGUACAAUGACUCCUACGGCCCACUGUAUGCACCUCAGGCUUACCCACCACCCCCAACAUAUGGCUUCAGUGGUCCUCAGCCAGGCCAGCCCUCUGCUCCCUACCCCCCUGGUGGUCCAAAUGCCCCUCUGUACACGGGUCAGCCAGGGGGAUAUCCUCCCGGACCGUACCCAGGACAGCCUCACCCCGAUGGGCCUCCACGAGCCGGCUACCCUAAUCACCCUCCCAUGCCCCCCGUCAUCCCACCUACCAUACCAACAGAUGUCUUGAGCUCUGGUGACGAGUUUGCAGCAAGCGGCAGUGGUUGGGACAGUAUGAGCAUUCGGCACGCCUUCAUCAGGAAGGUGUAUUUGAUUCUGGCGUCUCAGCUGCUUGUCACCACAGCCAUUGUGGCUGUGUUCACAUUUGUCGAGCCUGUCAGAGUUUUCGUACAGCGAAACCAAGCUGUGUACUGGGCAUCAUAUGCUGUGUAUAUCAUCACCCACCUUGUGCUGGUCUGCUGUAAGGGCCCCCGGAGGAAGUUCCCAUGGAACGUCAUUCUGCUGCUCAUCUUUACUCUGGCUUUGUCCUACAUGACUGGAUCCAUAUCCAGUUAUUAUAACACAAAAGCAGUGUUUCUUGCCCUGGCUAUCACUGCUGUCGUUUGCAUCGCCGUCACCGUCUUCUGCUUCCAGACAAAGGUUGACUUCACCAAGUGCCAGGGCCUGUUCUGUGUCCUCGGUAUUGUGAUAUUCGUAACCGGCAUCAUUACAACCAUUGUGCUGUCUUUCAAAUACAUUCUGUGGCUUCACAUGCUGUAUGCAGCUUUGGGAGCCAUUGCCUUCACCCUGUUCUUAGCGUACCACACACAGCUGCUGAUAGGAAACAGGAAGCACUCAAUCAGCCCAGAAGAAUACGUGUUUGCCGCGCUCUCCAUCUACGUCGAUAUUGUCCAGAUCUUCCUGUUCCUGCUGCAGAUCAUCGGCGCUUCGACCAAAUAAAUCCACAGAGGUGCACACAGACACCCUGCUGCAAAACCAUUCCAUGCUCUGUAAAACCUUUGCUUCGUUUCCAGUCAAAAUCAUAAAAUGAUGUUGUUCUCCAGGGAAAAUUACUAAAGGGCUGAAUUUGAGAUUUUGUCAUAGUGUAAGUUAUUCCUAUGCACAAAAAAUGCACUUUUUCUAAAAUAUUUCUGCAACUUACCAGUGUUUAACAAAAGUACUAAUACUACAAUAUCAAAUAAUAUACAGUAUCUACAGACACUGGAAAGUCAGUUGCAACAUUUAGUCGCUCUUGCUGGACUGAAGGCAGAAAGUGUCUGUAUAUUUUAUAUCUGCAUGUAGACAUGGUGCUAUACAUGAACUGUCUGUACAGAAUGAGAAAAUGAGCAAACAUGUUUGGUCUAACCAUCAAACUCUAAUUUGCCACUGAAGUACAGCUCAGUGCACCUGAUGACAUCCUCAGAUCUGCUGUCAUCGGGUUCAUGUUAGCGACCCUUUGCUGAUGGUCUUUAAUACAUGUGUUGCUAUGUUGUAACUAUUUACAUACAUCACGAGUGCCUUAGCAAUGACAAGGUUUCUGAAAUACAGGGUUAUACCCAAUAAGCUUUUAUAGUAUUGUUAGAUAAUGUGCUUUUUGCCACAAUCAGGUGUCUGUUUAUAUAUUCUUGUCUUACGGUCAGAGUUGGUUGACAUACUGAGUGCUUACAGUGUGGGUUUCAUCAUACAAGGUAGCACAAUCAGUGCCAUUGGGACAUUUCUAAAAGUUGAUGAGUUCCAGCUUAUGCAGCAGUUACUGGUGGGAAACGGUUUGUAAAUAUAAAUAUCAAUGCUGAAAAGAGUCUUGUUUGCCUUUUCAUAUCAAAUAAAGAUAUAUAUUUGUGA